AUGAUGGAUGCUUCAAAAAACUUGGUUUUGGCGGGCCCAUCGAGUACCUUGAGUUGGAACUACCGGGGAUUCGGUGGCCCUCGGACAGUUCGAGAACUAAUUGGCUUCGUGUUCAUGAAGCGACCUAACUUCGUCUUACUUAUGGAGACGAAGGCUCGUUCGAUGCAGUUAGAGCGGAUUGGAGUCCGUUUGGGGUUCGAAGGUGAUUUGAAUGCUAUGGUUAAUGUUGAUUCAACUUAUCCAAUUGGUGUUGAUUUUAGGCAUAUAAAUCCAGUUGAUGUCACUUUUGGGGAUGCAGUUGAUGAGAGCUUACCUAAUGUAGUCAAUGCAAGUUCUUCAAAUGCUAUUGAUGAGAGUUCAUCUAUUCCAGUUAAUCAGGAGCUAUUGGGGCUUUCAGUUCAUUCAAUUGAAGAAGCGUUUACUCUAUAUAAUGAUUAUGCAUUUAGGAUGGGAUUUAGUGUUAGAAAGGGGAAGCAAUAUUACUUUGCUGGUAGUCAGAAUGUGAAGAUUAAAAAGUUUCAUUGUUCAAAGUUUGGUUUCAAAUGCAAAUCGGAUAAUUCUGUUAGGUCUUACACAAGGGUAGACACACGUACGGGAUGUCUUGCUUUUUGCCAAUUUGAUGUGGACCCUAAUGGGAAUUGGGUUGUGACAAAACAUGUGAAGGAACACAAUCAUGAGCCGUGUCCAUCUUCUAAAAGCUAUAUGCUAAGGUCACACCGAACCAUUGGUAUUGACCAAUUAUCCUAUCUAAAAGACUUGAAAAGAAGUGGGGUUGCAGUGGCGGAUGACAUCCGAUUUUUGAAAAGACAAUCUGGAGGGUCACCCUUUGUUGGAUUUACACAAAGAGAUGCAUAUAAUAACUUGCUUACAGAUUCAAUAAAAAGUUUAGAUGGGACUGAUUCAAAUUCAUUAAUCGACAUAUUUAGGCAGAGGCAAAUCAAUGAACCUGACUUUUUCUAUGAUUUUGAAACAUUUUUGCGAGCCAUGGGUGGUAAGUUCCCACAAACGAUCAUGACGGAUCAAUGUGCUGCUAUGUCUGCUGCAAUUUCUCAAAAUGAAAAUUUCAGGAUGGUGAGUGAAUACAAGUGUCAUGGAAAUAGUCGGUUAGAAAAACUAUAUGAUAUUAGGGAGAAAUGGUGUCCUGCAUUUAACAAAGAUUACUUUUCUGGAGGUAUUCUAUCUUCUCAAAGGAGUGAGACUACAAAUCACUCAGUUUCAAGAAGGUUAUCCAAGACAGCUGGCUUGUGUGAUUUCUACAAUUCUUUUGCUAAUGUAGUUCAUGAAUGGAGGAGUAAAGAGAGUGGGGAGGAUUUGCGUUGUUCUCAAGGGGUGCCUACAAUGGCUAUGGAUCAUGUGAAACUUCUUUCACAUGCUAGAGGUGUAUACACUAUUGAAGUUUAUUAUUUGUUUGAGGAACAAUUUUUGAAAGGUGGUGCAUGUCAUCAAGAGAUAGUGGUCAGCUAUGGUGAUGAGUUGAAAUAUCAUGUAUGGCGUCCGGAUAUUGACAUUAUUCGGCAUGAGGUUUGUUUUAACCCCAAGGAUAUGAAGAUUUGUUGUAGUUGUAAGUUUUUUUCUGAGAUGGGGAUCUUAUGCUCACAUUGUCUACGUAUUCUCAACAUUAACUGUGUUGGAACAAUACCUGACCAAUAUAUAUGUCAAAGGUGGACAAAAAGAGUUGUUGAAGAUAGGAUCAUGGACAUUUCAUCUGGUCCAAAUAUGUCUACUGUUGCAUCUUCCGUUUGGGUUAUACAAAUGGGUAGGAAGUUCCAAAGAUUAGUCAUUUCAAGUCAAGAUAACUACGAAGCUCGUGAAGUUUGUGAGACAGGUUUUGAUGAUUUUAGAAGAAGGAUUGAAGCUAAAGUUGGUCCCAUUAUUGUAGAUGACUUUGAAACACCCUUACCAAGUGGUGUAAUACAGAAUCCUGUACGUAGAGGUGUGAAAGGAGAGCGUAACCGAAGGUUGGUUAGUACAAUGCAAAAGAAGCAUAAUCAAGCUAGAGCUCGAAGGAAUUAUAGCAAGGCGGUUGAAGAAAACACGAAAGCUGCAGCCCAAUCAUCGGUUCAACAGGUUGUUUCGGAGAUUGUUGGGAGUGGAUAUCUUGUUCAUUCAAGUGGUAGUAGUAGUUCAAAGUUAGUUUGUGUUAGGUCUGGAUCACAGAAUAUUUCAAAUGAUAAUUGA